CUUCAUGUGGUUCAUCAAUACAGUUUAGUGUCCACAGUGAACAGGGCGAGGCAGUCAACACACUGCUGGGUGAGCCAUCAGUCGCACUUAGGAUCCUUACAAGACAGAGCAGUUUCUUAGGAUGGAGGCCUCAAUGGAAAAUAUGUCAGCCCUUGAGAGCGGCAUGAUCGCUAUCAUCCAAAUUUUUCACAAAUACUCGGGUCACAAGUGCAACCUGAAGAAAGCAGAACUGAAGGAGCUCAUCAACAAUGAGAUGAAUCAUUUCAUUAUGAAAAUCCAAGAGAAAGAAACCCUUGACGAGCUCUUUGCCGAUCUCGACCAGAACGGAGACCUGGAGAUUGACUUCAAAGAGUUCAUCACCCUCAUUGCUAUGGUGACCUCAGCCUGCCAUGAACUCCAUCCCAAAGCCACAUAACUAUUAGUUUGCAUGUAGACACAUUACAUUAUAAGAAAAUGGAGGACUCACAGGAAGAAAAUGUCCAUCAAACAACUUUAGCAAUGGAUCUUUAUUAGAUUGUUGACAUGUAAAUGUGAAAAGAAACAUAUACUAGUAAAGGUGAUCCCAAUAAAGUAACCAUAGAGUGUU